GGUCGGUGGCUCCCUUCCAGGAAGUCAAAGAAAGAAAGAGACCAACUCCAGGCGCAGCAGCAGCCUCGCCAAGGGCUCUCUUUGUUGCGCCUCGCGGUGCGCCAUGGCCAGCUCCAAGCGGCAGAGGAACGCCAACCACUCCUCAGUGCAGGCAGUAAUGAGAAUGUGCACCUGAGCCCUGGGUGAAAUGAGUGGCGCCUGGAAACCCCACCCGUCCCCACAGUGUCUGUGCCAUUUGCCUUCCACCGAAAGAGGAGAAAUCCAUGUGGAUAGCAAGGAUGUGUUGCAACUCAAAGAUGGAGAGCAAAACCUCACAGAGACAGAUGCCAUGGAAGAAAGAAGGAACCAUCUCUUUGAUCCAGCGGCAGAAUACAAAAUGAGCCACAAAAGAAGAGGACUUGCUCUUAUCUUCAAUCAUGAGCAUUUUUUCUGGCACUUAAUGUUACCAGAAAGACGUGGCACCCAAGCUGAUAAAGAGAACCUAAAACGUGGCUUGACUGACCUUGGAUUUGAAGUGAAGUGUUUUGAUGAUUUGAAAGCUGAAGAAGUAUUACAAAACAUUUACAAUGUGUCCACAGAUGAACAUGAUGAUGCAGACUGCUUUCUUUGCGUUUUCCUGAGCCACGGAGAAGAUGACCAUGUUUAUGCCUAUGAUGCAAAAAUAGAGAUAAAGUCGUUGACCAACAUGUUCAAAGGAGAUAAAUGCCCAAGCCUAGUAGGGAAGCCAAAAAUAUUUGUAAUUCAGGCAUGUAGAGGAGAUAAGCAUGAUGACCCAGUUAUUGCUCGCGAUACGGUGGAUAGCAAAAAAGAAUUGGAUAUCAAUGAAACAGAAGUUGAUACUGCUGCGGUGUAUACAUUACCUGCUGGUGCAGACUUCCUCAUGUGUUACUCUGUAGCAGAAGGGUAUUAUUCACACCGGGAGACUAUAAAUGGUUCCUGGUACAUUCAAGACCUGUGUGAGAUGCUCAAACGACAUGGUUCUUCCCUGGAAUUCACCGAUUUACUGACACUGGUCAACAGGAAAGUGUCUCACCGCGAAGUGGAUGUGUGCAAAGAUCGUAAGGCUCUAGGGAAAAAACAGAUCCCUUGCUUUGCUUCAAUGUUAACUAAGAAGUUGUAUUUCCGCCCCAAAUUUAAGUAGCUUAAUGACCCAAUAAGAACUUGGUCUAGUUUUUUAACUGGCUUCUUUUCUCUGUAAAGGACUUAUCCAGUCAAAUACACAACACACUUGAAUUAUAUAGAUUUAGGCUGCAAUUCUGUAUCAAUUUAUCUAGAAAUGUCUCAUUAAGCUCAGGUGGGUCUCGGUGCUACAUAUGUUCAGUUAAUGAGUACAGCUUUAUUUAUCUCUAAUCACUGUACAUAUUUGGUCAAUUUGGAUUGUUUCUAAUAUGGAAACAUUUAUGGCUGAUACAAGCAGUAAGUUACAAAACGUGAUCAUAAUUUUUAAAUGUUCUCAAUAUUAGAAGUUGCAAAAUUUGAAAGAAUUUUAUCAACAAAACUACCACUACAAAUUCAAAAUAAAAAUUUCAUUGGUAGGCAUUCCACAAAAUUUAGUAUCUGUUGCAAUUGUUUGAUCAGAAAUUAACAUUUGUGCUAACCAUAAGAUGGUUUUGAAAAUUAAAUCACUUGAGUAAUAAAAGAGCAGCUGUUUUGACCAACUACUUUGCACUGAAUUACUGUUUGUAUCACAUUUUGUAACUGAGCUUUUGUAAUUUUAAACAUUUUGGAAGCUCUGUUUAUACAGGCUAAUUUGUAUAUUAGGGAUCACUUUCCUUAUUUUGUUGUACUGUAUGGACCUGCUCCUAUAUUUUACCUUCAACAAGUGCCACCUAAAUACGAUCAGAGAUUUAAUUAUGCAGUUAGUGUGGCUACUGGGAGAUUUUGUCAUCCCAUUUCUCACUUGUUCAGCUUACCAAAAGGAGCACCAACCAUUUUUAAGAAAUGCUUGGAGAUGCAGGUCUUCCAGGACCUAGCUUCUCAUUCCAAUUCUGGAGAGGAUCAUGUCGGCACAGUUGUGUCCCACAAAUUUUGGUAUUUUUUAAAAAAAUAAUCUGAUUUCUUUUUUGUAUAUGGUACAUGUUUAUAAAUGACCGCUGUCUGUGAAGUAGUCCGUGUAUGUGUAGAUUAUCAGAUAUUUCCAAGGGACAUUUUUUGUGUAAGACUUCCAUUUAAAAAAAAUGCCUCCAAAACUAUAAUGUCUUUUUAUUUUCCUUAUGAAAAUUACAUUCAAAUAGAGUAAGUCUCAGAGUAAAAUAAACAAAAACAAAACA